AUGGCUCCUGUCGCGACUGUCGGUUUGAAUAAUACACUUGACGGUGUCGCUCACGCUUUGAAACAAACUAAAUCUUCUGAAGGUACUUUUCCAGAAGCGGAAAAUGUCCAGGAUAUGAAGAAAAUACUACACGAGGAAGAUUUCUACAAUAAGGAAGUUUACCCUCCAAUUCUUCACGAAGCUGUUUCCGAUGAUUUACCAUUAGAGAAAGUGUACGGUGUUAAUGUUACUGCUUCUCCAGAGUUGAUUGCUGAUGAAUCCAAGAUCGGACCAUUGGUUGACGAAUGGUUCGAACAAUUCAAUGUUUUGAUGAAUAAGAUCAAUUCCGGUUCCACAUCGGUUUCAGAAGAAGACUGGUCUCGGUUGUUUGGAAACCACGGUACCUGGAGAGAUCAUUUAGGUGUCACUUUUGAUUUACAUUCUUUCAUCGGUUUGGAAAACUUGUCAAACGAUUUACAACCGCUAUUGUCCAAGGCUAAAUUGUCCAAUUUCCAAUUGGAUAAAUUGGCCGAUUAUAGAUACACUUCCGGUUACGGUAAGGUGUUGAUGCAUGAACCAAAAUCAGGUAGACCUCCUGUGGAAUGGGUUCAAGUUUAUUACACUUUUGAAAAUAAAUUGGGUAGUGGUAAAGGUAUUGCCAGAUUGACCGCUGUUUAUGAUGAGAAAUUGCAAAAAUCAACUUUGAAAGCUUUCACCUUCUACACUGGGUUGGAAGAUUAUAAAGAGUAUCCUGAAGCUAUCUUCGGUAACAGACCAGAAGGUGUUAACCAUGGUCAACACGUUGGUAGAGAAUCUUGGGUCGAAAGAAGAGCUAAAGAAUCCACUUUCACUGAAGACCAUCAACCAACUGUCUUGAUCGUUGGUGGUGGACAAGGUGGUUUAACUGUCGCAGCAAGAUUGAAGAUGUUUGGGGUUAACUCCUUGAUCAUUGAAAUGAACCCCAAGAUUGGUGAUAACUGGAGAAACCGUUACAAGUUUUUGGUUUUGCAUGACCCAGUCUGGUAUGACCAUUUGCCAUAUUUGAACUUCCCACCAUCUUGGCCAAUUUUCACUCCAAAAGAUAAGAUUGGUGAUUGGUUUGAAGGUUAUGCAAAGACAAUGGAUUUGAACUAUAAAUGUAGUUCCAUGGUUACCGGUGCUACUUUUGAUGACGUUUCGAACAAAUGGACAGUUCAAGUUAAGGAUUUCAAUACGGGUAAGAUUAUCACAUACACCCCAGAUCAUUUGGUUAUGGCCACUGGUCAUUCCGGUGAACCACGUAUGCCUAAGUUCCAAGACCAAGAGUUGUUCAAGGGGAAAAUCGUUCACUCUUCCAAGCAUGGAUCUGGUGCUGAAUUCAGUGGUGGGAAGGCAUUAGUUGUUGGUGGUUGUAAUUCUGCACAUGAUAUUUGCCAAGAUUUCUACGAACAAAACGUUGAUGUUACCAUGUUGCAAAGAUCCUCGACUUGUGUCAUUACUGUGGAACAUGGUAUGUACCAUAACAUUAGAGGUGUUUACGACGAAACCGGGCCAUUAACUGAAACCGCUGACAGAAUUUUCCACUCAAUGCCACUUUCUUUGUUAAACGGUGUUAUGCAACAACAAUACCGUGCAUCAUGUCAAGACGAUGUCGAAUUAUUGAAGGCAUUGGAAAGACGUGGUUUCAAGACAAAUGCCGGUUACGGUGGUACUGGUUUGUUCGGAUUGUACUUCCGUCAAGGAUCUGGUUACUACAUUGAUGUUGGUUGCUCCAAAUUGAUCUGUGAUGGUAAGGUUAAGAUUAAGCAAGGUCAAAGUAUCAAGAGAUUCUUGCCAUCCGGUACAGGUGUGGAAUUUACCGACGGAACCAUCCUUGAAGGUUUGGACGUUAUUGUUAUGGCUACUGGUUACACCAACAUGAAAGAAACAGCCAGAAGAUUGUUUGGAGACAGAGUUGCUGACAGAUUGGACCCUGUCUGGGGUUUGGACAAAGAAGGUGAAUUGAAGACUAUUUGGAGAGACUCUGGCCAUCCAAACUUCUGGUACAUGGGUGGUAACUUGGCUGUAUCCAGAUACUACUCUAAGAGACUAGCAUUGAGGAUUAUUCAACAAGUGAAAGGCCUUGAAUACUGA